CUCGUGACAAUCAGGCAUAGAUUGGUCUUCGUCUUGUCAAGUGAACCAUAUUAGCAAUGGCAUCCAAAAUCUUGUCAGUUAUUUUGUUAAGUGCUAUCUUACUUUUUACUGAGGUUGCACCACAAUCCUGUCCUCUACCACCGAGUGUUUGGUGUUCAUCCCGUGAAGUAGCCAAAACCUGCGGAGUGGAGAAACAAUGCGAGGCGUAUUUGACACCGAUACCAAAGGCCAAAGCACAGCUUGUGAAUUUUACGCUGUAUUUGGAAAGCCUUUGCCCAGAUUGUAAAAAUUUUAUAAACCAGCAACUCUGGCCAGCUUUCAAAGCUGUCGGUACUAUCAUGAAUCUAGCGCUAGUGCCUUAUGGAAAUGCUAGGGAGCAACAAUAUGGUGAUAGAUGGCAGUUUGAAUGUCAACAUGGCAAGGAAGAAUGUUAUGGGAAUCUUAUUGAGACAUGUGCUAUAUACUAUCAUCCCAAUGCUACUGCUUAUUUUCCCUUCAUUUACUGCAUCGAAUCAUCGACGUCCCUGCCACGGAACAUCGCGUCUGAAUGCGCAUCGAAAUUUGGUUUUGAUUAUUCUCAAAUUCAGUCAUGUGUCGAAGGACCCUUGGGCAACAAAUUGGAGCAUGAAAUGGCUCUGAAAACAGAUGCUCUACAGCCACCGCAUCAGUAUGUUCCUUGGGUGACAUUGAAUGGCGUGCAUACACAACAAAUACAGAAUGAAGCGCAGAACGAUCUUGUUAAGCUCAUUUGCGACACUUACCUAGGCAGCCCAAAACCUCAAGCUUGCUCGCAGAAGAUGUAAACCAGCACUUAAACUUAAAUCUUAAUAUUAACAGAAUAUCCAUGACAUUAACAAUAGAAUAAACGAUUAAAUAUUAUGGUUUUUAUAUUCACAAUGUAGAUAACCAAGUAUAAUUAUAUGCUCAAUAAAUGCCAGGGCCUGACGAGUAACAAUAACCAACAUUAUAUUAUAUAUUCGACUUUUUGAGAAAGCAUCUGUUCAGGUGAAGAGAUAUUAGCC